AUGGUCGAAAACUUUAAAGAACAAUUGGAAGAGAGUAAGAGGUUAAAGGCUGAAUUCGAGAAAUUGAAGGCUCAACUUGCUAGUGUUAUGCCAGUCAUCAAUGAUCGAACUUCUGAGACUGCAGUAUCGAACAAGUGCUCAAACAUGAAAGAUCUAAAGGUGUUAGAUGAUGUGGAAGAAGUUUAUGAAUGCGACAUUUCAAAUACGAAGGUAUCAGUUGAUGUUGUCUUAGAUGAAGAAGCAGAGCUUUCAAUCCCAAUUAAGUCUAGACCAAGAAUCACUAAAGAUGCAGUUGGAGUCAUUGUUGGUUGGCCUAAAGAGUUGGUAAUUUUUCCAACAACAAAGAAGAAGGGAAAACCUCAACCAUUUGCUUUAUUGGAUGCACUUGGUCAUCGCGACAAGUUCAAGGAUAUUGAAAAGACAUUACCCAUGGCAUGCAAGUAUAUCUACUCACAUGUUGUUAGAUUGAUAAAUGAAUUGGAGAGCAUAUACAUAGAGUUUAAGGACACUAUGUUUGGACGCUCUAAAAGUACACGGUUGCUAAGAGAAGAUAUCUUGUGCUUUAUGGAGAUGAGAGAGAUAGGUACCAGACAAAUUUUGAUUUACAUGGGUUACCUCUAUAAAUAUUUGAGAGAUAAAGACAGGGCUGAUUAUGUUUCAUUUGUGGAUCCCGACAACAUACCUACAUGCCCACUUGGUAAAGAUGGUCGUGACAUAUCACAACAUAUUGCUGAUCAGUUGGAAGCAGUGUGUAGAGACAACAUCUGCCUCAUCCCAUACAACAUUGGGUACCAUUGGAUCUUGACUAUCGUCAAUGAGGAUAAAAAUAUGAUAUAUUUAUUGGACUCUAUGUCUAAUAGAAACCGAGAUGAUGCAUGGAAAACUAUGGUGACCAAUGGGGUCAAGAUGUACAAUGCCUCAAAGGGUAUUGCUAAAGCACCAGGUUUUAAGCAAUUGACGGGCAAUCUAAAACAAAGUGGUUCUGUUGAAUGUGGAUAUUGUGUGAUGAGAUACAUGAAAGAGAUAGUUGAAUGUGAAAAUCCACAGUUGGAGAAGAUGCCAGAAAAUGCAGAGAAAUGA